CCUUAGCUGAUCAAACACAAACAUAUCUUCUCCUACACGAUUUUAAAAUUUCUCAGAUUGAUGACUAUAUUCGACGACUACGGCAAAGGUCUCUCCGGCGAUAUUCGACGACUCCGGUGAAAUUCGACGACUCUGGCUAAAUUCGACGACUCCGAGGAAGAUUGUACACGGCAAACACGGAGAAGCUCUAGAGAAAAAGAAAGAUCUCCGACAAAGAAGAACGAAUAGCUCCGACGAAAAACAAAGAGAUCCGGUGAAGGAAGACGAGCUCUGGCGACAUACUUCGAUCUGUGUCUGGAGAUUUUAAAUUGGUCAGAUCUGAAGCUUCCUCAACUUGUGAUCGGACUCGCCGUGGGAAUCACAAUCAUCAUCGGCUUCGUCAAGGCGGAGAAUUAUCGAUCCAAGCUUCGCUCUGAACUUGCGAAUAAGGUGGCUGCUUUCGCGAGGAUGACGGUGGAGGAUUCAAGGAAGCUUCUCCCCGCUGAGUUUUAUUCUUCCUGGGUCGUUUUCUCCGAGCGUCAGAAGUUAAAGUCUCCCCUAAUUGAGUAUAAAGCUUCUUCCUUUUUUUUUUGCGAAUUGGUGUUCACUUUUGGCGUUUUUGUUUUACUUCAGUUGACUUGGCUGAACCAUCACUUGACUAAGAUCUGGCCUUAUGUUGAUGAGGCAGCCUCUGUGCUUAUAAGGGCAUCCGUAGAGCCGGAUCUCGAGCAAUAUAGACCUGCCGUUGUUGCCUCCUUGACAUUUUCUAAGCUUACUCUCGGUACCGUGGCGCCUCAGUUUACAGGUGUUUCCAUUAUAGAAGGUGAUGAAAAUGGGAUGACCAUGGAGCUUGAUAUGAAUUGGGAUGGGAAUCCAAAUAUAGUACUUGGCAUCAAGACCUUAGUUGGUGUAUCUCUUCCAGUUCAGUUUAUAAACCCCUAUGAAUUGAUUUGUGAAGUCUUAUAAAUAAAGGGGGGUUAUG